AUUUGCAACGACAAGCCAACGACAACAAUACGCAUUUCGAUGUCACUCGGCGACGCCAAGCAUUGACAGUAGCAACUCAAGUGAAUAGCCAUAAAUGAAAAGAAACAAAAUUAAAUAUGCAAGCCUAUUUAUUAAUUUGUUUAUCUUUAAUCGGUUUUGUUUUGAAUCUGGCAGCAAGUAAUGAUUUACUGGAACUAACUUGUUUAAAGCAACAACAAUGCAAUCAAUUCGAACACAGCGGCAUAAAGGCGGAUUGUAUCGAGGAUCGUUGUCAUUGUAUCAACGAAAACCGGGAGCGUGUACAAUGUAAACCACCGGAACGCAAAUUGGGUAACAUUAUUGGUAGUCCUUGCCCGUGUAAAAUGGAUUUUGCUGAAUGUGAUCACAAACAGGAUAUUUGCUAUUGUGCUGCCGGUUACAUGCCAAGCCUGGAUAAGAGACGCUGCAUAAAAAAAAAAGCAUUGCUUGGAGACAGAUGUGAACUCGACUCACAAUGUCAAAGAGGUGAUUAUAAUGCCAUUUGCCAUAAGGACUACGAAACGUGUAUGUGCAUGGAUUUAUUCGUCAAUGAUACUGGGAAAUGUGUUUCCAUUGUCGGUCCCAAAUUCGUCUGCCACAACGAUACACACUGCAUUAAAAAUUAUCGCGAAAAUGUUCGUUGUUAUGAAAAUACUCAAAACUGUGUCUGCGCCGAAGGUUUCAUUGCCUCCACGGAUAAUACACGCUGUCAAGAAAUUUCAGAAUAUCUGGAAAAAUGUACCGGACAUAGCCAAUGUAUUGCCUCGAUGGGUUUGGGUGGUCGCUGUGUUGACAACACCUGUCAGUGUGAUGAAAAAUAUUUUGUUGAAGAAAUGAAAUCUCCCGAAACGGGCAUAAAACGAACUGUAUGUUCACCAAUUGUCGAAAGAGGACAAUAUUGCCGUUACUCCGAAGAUUGUUAUCAACGUCAGCUACACAAUGAAUCGCAACAGACAAUGGAUUGUAUUUAUGGUGAAUGUAGUUGUAAACUUGGAUUUUUUGUACUAAACGAAGGUGAAUGCAUGCCCGGUGCUGCAACGGCAAUGAAGGUUUCUUCAAUUGGAUUUAUAAUUAUGAUGAUAUUUUUAGCUACUAAGUUUAUUUAAACAUAAUGUGUAAAUAAUAUUUUUGAAUACGCACGAUGAAUUGUAAAUAAAUUGUAAAAAAUUGUA